AUGGAAUAAGAGGAUUUAGGUGAAGCUGAAUUGCAGCUAAAGCAAGGAAUAGACUUUUAAAACUAGGAAAUGAUGGAUGAAGCAGUGUAAUGCUAUUUAAAAGCAAUAGAAAUAAAUCCAAAUAUGUUUGAAGCUCAUAAGAGGCUAGGACAGGUCUAUGAACUAAAAAAAAUACCAAAUUAGGCUUUAAUAAGCUACAACUUAGCAUUAAAAAUUGAUUAAAACGAAAAAUAAAUUCACUACAGGAUAGGUUGUAUUUAUUUAAGUUAAAGUAUAGUAGGUUAAGCACUGAUAUGUUUCAAGAGAGCUAUUGAAAUAGACCCUAAUUAUUCAGAAGUUUAUGAAUCUCUAGCUACUAUAAAAGAUGCUGAAAAUUCAAAAGAUGUUAUUAAAUAUUUCAAGUAAAUUAUUGAAGUAAAUCCAAAUAAUUAUUAUCCCUAUUACAGCUUAGCAUAUUUGUAUCUUAAUUUAAAUAUGAUUGAUGAAUCCCUUUAAUGCCUUAAUAAAGUUUUAGAUAUAAAUCCUAAUAAUGUUGAUGCCUAUGAAAGGUUAAGUUAAGUAUAUUUAAAGUAAAAUAAUAAAGAUGAAUCAAUUAGGGUAUUGAAAUUGGCUAUCUAAAUUGAUCCUAACUACAAGAAAGCUUAUUUAAGCAUGGGCUAGAUAUGUAAAUAAUAUAAAAUGAAUGAAGAAGCUAUUUUAUAUUUGAAAAAAGGGUUAUAAUUAGAUCCAACAUCUUCUAAACUGCUCUUUCUUUUAGGUUAGGUCUAUGAAAAUGUUAAAAGUUUUGAUUAGGCAAUUGAAUGCUUUAAAAAAAUAUUAGAAAUUAAACCUAAUUCUACUAAGAGUUUAAUGAGUAUAGCAAAAAUAUGUUUCACAUAAUAAAAGUUUGAUGAGGCCAUUGAAAACAUCUAAAAAGCUUUAUAAAUUGAGCCAAAAAAUGCAGAAACUUUAGAAAGGCUAGGAUAUAUUUACUAGCAUUUAAAAAAAUACGAUGAUGCUUUAUUUUGGUACAAUAAAUCCUUAGAAGUAAAACCAAACUAUUACUUUCCACUUUUUAAUAAAGGGAUUAUCUAUUUUGCUCAAAAAAAGCUAGAUGAAGCUAUUUUAGAAUUAUAAAAAGUAAUUAAAAUAAAACCAGAUUAUAUUUAUGCACAUUAUAAUCUAGGUCUUAUUUAUGAGCAGAAACAAAUGAUGAAUGAAGCUAUUAAUUGCCAAAAAAAAGCAGUUGAUUUAAAUCCAAAACAUAAGGAUAGUCUGAUCAGAUUAGCUGUCAUUCAUACUUAAUUGAAAAUGUUUGAUUAAGCAAUUGAAUACUACUAGAAAGUAAUCUAAUUAAAUCCAAAUAAUACUGAUGUCUAAAAUAAUUUAGGAAUUCUUUUCGAACAAAGUAACAAGUUGGAUGAAGCUAUUAAUUGUUAUAUGAAAAACAUUAAAAUUAAUCCAAAUGAUUCAAAAACAUAUUUUAAUUUAGGUAUUGUUUAUGAAAAGAAAAAAUCAAUAGAUGAAGCUAUGGUUUGCUUUAAAAAAGCAUUAGAAAUAAACCCAUCAUUCUUACAAGCUUAAAUUAGUUUAGGAAACGCUUAUAGUAGCAAGAAAAUGGUUGAUGAAGCUAUUUUAUGUUUUAAGAAAUCAAUAUAGUUAGAUCCGAAUAGCUUUAAUGCUUAUAACUCCUUAGGGUUGAUUUAUUAUGAUACAUAAAUGAUGGAUUAAGCUUUUGAGUGCUUUUAAAAAGCUCUUGAUAUUAAUCCUAACUAUUUUUUUGCCCAUUUCAAUUUAGGACUUGUAUAUGAAAAUAGAAACUAGUAGGAAGAAGCUCUUAAGCAUUAUUAGUAAGCUAUUUAAAGCAAUCCAAAUCAAGCUAAUGCCCUAUUAAAAGCAUCUGAUCUUUAUAUCUAAAAUAAAAAUUUUGAUAAAGCUCUAUAGUGUUAUUAAUAAUUAAUCAAGAUAGAUUCAAAAAAAUCUUAAUAUCAUUAUAAAUUAGGUUAUUUAUAUUAUAUCUAGAAAAUAAAAGACAAAGCUAUUUUGAGUCUGAAAUAGGCUGUAAAACUUGAUCCUAAUUAUUACCAAGCAUACGAGCAAUUAGGACUUAUCUAAUAAGAAAAUAAAAUGUUUGAAGAAAGCAUUCUUUAUUUUAAAAAAGUUAUUGAAAUAAAUCCUAUGUUUUUAAAUGCAUAUGAUUCACUAGCAUGUGUUUAUUAAGAAAUGAAAAUGUCAAACGAAGCUUUGAUUUAUUAUUAAAAAGCGUUAGAUAUUAAUCCUAAAUUAGAGAAUACCCAUUUUAAAUUAGGUAUUUUGUAUCAAGAGAAAAAAAUGUUAGAUGAAGCUAUUUUGUGCUACUAAAAAGCAAUAGAAAUAAAUCCAAAAAAUGCCAAUGCAUACAAUAAUUUAGGAAUCAUAUUUGAAUAAAAAAACAUGAUAGAUUAAGCUUUUGAUUGCUACACUAAGGCUCUUGAAAUAGAUUAAAGUUAUGUAAAAGCUCAUAACAAUAUAGGACUUUUAUACUAUGAUUUAAAACAAAUGGACAAAGCGCACUAAUGUUUUAAAUUAUCUAUAGAAUUAGAUCCAAAUUAUGAAGAUUCCCAUUAUAAUUAAGGUUUAGUCUAUGAGUUUUAAGGACAUAUAACUGAAGCUAUGGAAAGUUAUAAAAGGGCAAUUUAAAUAAAUCCUAAAUAUACUAAAGCAUACAGUAGAUUGGCUUGCAUAUAUUCAGAUUUAGAAAUGAUGAUUGAGGCUAUUUCAUGUUAUUUAUAAUUAAUAGAACUUGAGCCAGAAAAUAUCGAUGCUAUGAAUUAUGUAGGAAUAAUUUAUUCAUAAAGAAAUUAGCCUAAUACUGCAAUUUAGCUAUUUCAAAGAGCACUUCUUAUUAAUCCUGAACACAUAAAUUCACUCUAUAACUUAGGUAACACCUAUGAAGAUAAAGAGCAGCUAGAUGAGGCUAUCUCUUAUUACUAACGAAUAAUUCAAAUAGACCCUUAAAAUGUUAAGGCAAUUAAUAAAAUAGGAAAUAUAUACAUUAAAAAGUAAAUGGAUUAAGAAGCUCUUACAUAAUAUAAAAAAGCAUUAUCAAUAGAUAAAAACUUCGUUUAAACUUAUUAUAAUAUUGCAGCAUAUUAUGAAAUUUAAUAAAAGCUUAACAAAUCAAUUUAGUUUUAUAAAAAAGCUGUAGAAAUUGAUCCUGAAUAUAUUGGUAUUUAUUUCAACUUAGGUGCAGUUUAUGAUGAAAGAAAUGUACUAGAUAAAGCACUUUCUUACUAUAAAAAAAUUUUUAAAUUAGAUGGAGAUGGACAAGAUGAUGAAUUAAAACAAUAAAUAAAAUAAAUUAAAUCUUUAAUAUGA